CCAAAGUCUCUCGGCUUCUAUUUGAACCUACCGGUGAACGAACUAAACCUCCAUAUACCACUACGAACUUUUAAAUCGAGUUUUUGUUUUUCGCAUACUGUCUAUAGCCUAUCGAGAAAUCCGAACCUUCCUUCAACAGUAUUCACCAUGUGCAAGCAUAUUCUCAACGCCCAAGUCGCCGUCCGGUCGCCUUGCUGCAAGAAGUGGUUUGACUGCGUCGAAUGCCACACCGAGCAGGAAUCCCACCCUCUUAUGCAGACCUUCGAGAUGACCUUUGCCUGCAAAAAGUGCAAGAAGUGCUUCCGAAAGGACGCCACCGAGUUCGAGGAGGCCGACGAAUACUGCCCCCACUGCGAUAACCACUUCAUCAUCGAGGCCAAGACCCCCAAGGCUGCCCUGUCCAUCGAGAGCGACGAUGUCCGAAUGAACAGCAAGAUGCUCAAGGACGACAGGAAGAGGCAGGGAGGUUUGAGAUCCAUCUUCGACCCGAACGAGGAUGCUGACAAGUUGGGAUGA